AUGAUUCGGAUUAGAUUGGGUUGGCUUAUGAGGAAGCGUUUAUUUGGGCUUCUGUCUGGUCACGAUGCAUUCAAACAAACCAACAAACAAAUUCUCAUCCAAGUCAAGGCCAGAGUCAGAUCCUGGGAUUCCCUUCCACCAGCCGCCAUGAAAAUCGCCGCCUUCAACGUCCAGAAGUUUGGGAAAAACAAAGUGUCUGACCCGGACGUCCUGAAAAUCCUGGUGAAGAUUGUGUCUCGAUAUGACAUCAUUGUGAUCCUGGAGGUGGUGGAUAUCAGCGGGGAGUCGGUGAAAGUCUUCAUGGAAACACUCAACAAGUCCAACAGGAAGCAUCACUACACGCUGAAGAUCAGCUCCCGUCUGGGCCGAACGCGCUACAAGGAGCAGUUCAUGUUCCUGUACAGGGACGACCUGGUGGACCUGGUGGGCUCCCACCAGUUCGAUGACGAGGGGACAGAGUCGGGGGACGUUUUCGCCAGGGACCCCUACAUCCUCCGGUUCAGGUGCCUGAACACAGUGCUGAAGGACCUGGUGCUGAUUCCCGUUCACACUAAACCCGAGGACUCUGAGAAGGAGCUGGACGAGCUCUACGACGUCUUCCUGCACGUCAAGAAGAAGUGGAGAACGGACAACGUGAUGAUCCUGGGCGACUUCAACGCGGACGGCGCCUACGUUUCCCAGAAGGAAAUGAAGGGAAUCCGCAUCCGCAGCGACCCGAGCUUCCACUGGCUGAUCGGGGACGAGGUGGACACCACGGCCAGCACCGGGAACGACCACACCUACGACAGGAUCGUGGUCUACGGGGACGACAUGCUUCACGCCGUGGUUCCAGACUCCGCCAAACCCUUCAACUUCCAGACGGCCUACAGACUCAGCGACGAGCAGACCCUAAACGUGAGCGACCACUACCCGGUGGAGGUGGAGCUGAGGGCAGCAGAGCAACAGUACGAUGGGCCUGCUGCUGCCUGUGAAGAGGCUCUGCUGGAGCUCAAACGGGGAAACCUGCUGCUGGAGAGGGAGAAGCUCAACCUGGAGAUCCAGGUCCUGCGAAUGAAGAUGGAGAAGAGGAAAAGAGGAGACGACGUGUGAUUUUUUAAAAAAAAGAGGGCGAAUCCGCCCGAAAAAGGCCGACGGAGACCCGAACCCACCAGAUUUUUUACAGUGUGUAGUUUAUGGACUUCAGGAAAGCAGCUGUUCUUUGUUUACUGUUGUACCCGAGGGGCAUUAUUAGCUGAAACACAGUAAAAUACGUUUUUUCAAUGUGUAACUUAUAAGGAUUGAAUGGUUGUAAUCUAAACUUGUACACUUGUGUCAUGACUUUUCUAAUAUGCUUGUUUGUCAGUGAGCCAAACCUCUAGUGCUGGUUAAUAUUAGCCAAAAAUAGAGCAGAUUAAUUUUUUUUAAUUUCUUCCCAAAGAAAAAGUGCACAGAACUUCUCUUUGAUAUGACGACUGAAUGCUUUUCUGCUCUCUGUACAUUUCCUAAUUUGUGCCUUUUCAGUUCGGCCAGUCUGAAGAUACGAGUGUUAAACUUGGGCUCCAUGUAAUAUAAGGUCUAAAGGAUAUUUUUCUACAUAUCUAAGAAAGACCCUUUGUGUCUGCAGUGGAACUUUUGUAACUUUGUGUUAAGCUGUGUGGUCCUAAAAUGGACCGACCUGUCUAUUUGGACAACAAGCUGGCACUUUAGGAUUAAACGUUUCUUUAAAAAACAGCGAUUUCUUCCUGGUCUUUAGUUUGUUGAGUCACUUUUUUUAUAAGAGCUUUGAGAAUUGAGUUAAUGUUGGAUGAAA